UUAUAUCAUUCAAAAAUUUAUAAUUGUCGUCAACACAAAAAGGAUGAAAUUUGCUGAAUCAUGCAAAAUGAAUCGUCGGAGAUUUGUUGAAUUUUUUUUAAUUUACAGCAAAAGAAUUCAGUGACUAGAAAGUAAUCCAGAACAAUUAAAACUAUAAAUAAAAAAUAAUAUAUAUAUAUAUAUACAUUUGAAUUUUUAAUACGAAAUAGCUGCAAUCUACUAAUCUUAAAUUCUUAACGCUGGAUGCCUGAAUUUUAAAGUAGAGAUAUUCGUCUGUUUUAGUAUAAUAUUUAUUUCAUAUGCCCAAAAAAAAUUUAAUAUUUAUUUCAGUAUAUAUGUUGCUUUUGUGUGUUCUCCUAAUCUGUCAUCUUUUGUCAAUUUAUAUCCUGUCUUAACAUACUACCAUACCAGCUUUGUGGUUCUAUUAUUUUGUUUGCAUAUUAAAAGAUAGUAAUCUAUACUAAAUCACUUUUUAUAAAACAAAGUAAAAUUUUCAUCCAAUAUAAUUGUCAUUACGUCACCAAAUUAAAUAUGUAGAUUUAAACAUAAACAAAUGCCGGCCAGCCUAAGAAGUCAUUAAUUGUGGUAAGAUAACAUAUUAUAUACAUCUUUUUUUGGAUAUUGUAGUUUUUAAAAAUGAAAAAUGUUUUGUUGACAGGAAGAAUAAAGUGAGGGACGUAAUUUUCUCUGCAUGAAUAAUUGUGGCGGCCCCAUGCAAAUAUUAUUGGACGGUUUAUAAAAAACUAAAAUAUUAAUUAUCAAAUUGCAAAGAGAUUUCUUGUGAUGAAACUGACCCAUCUUUGACGUCGAUUCCGUUUCGUGUCUUCUCUUCUCUAUCAAAACAAAAAUUUGAAAGAGUGAUUGUGACCCACAGAGAGAGAGAGAGAAACGUUUCUCAUCUUCAAUCAACCAAUCUUGUUUGACCUCUCUGUUUUCAAAUUCAUCUGCUCUGUUUUCGUUUUCAGAAAAGUCAGAGGAGCCAAUUGUGUAUCCGUCUCCCAAAGUUUCUUUUUCCGCAGAUGGGAUCUGCAAAAGAUCUUUACUUCCAUUAAAAAAAGUAGUUGCAGGUCGUUGAAAGAGAUGGAGUCUAAAGAGAUUAGAUCCUCUGUUUUCGCCAAAACGGUGCGUUUCAAUGGGGUAUCUCAACCUCUGCGUCACGUAAAGGCGAGAGCUUUUGAUUCUGGUUUCAAGGUGGUGCCAACGAAGGAGCUGUGUCGUGUUUAUCUACACAAAACAGAGUUGUUAGCCUCCAAGGGUAUCAUCGAUGCACGAGCUAAGCCUCCUCACUCUCAGAAGCCAAAACAGAGGAGAUUUGGUGGGAGAUUUGAUCAGCAAAACUUGAACUUGAAGCCGAAGAAGCUGAGACAACACACAAAUGCUGAGAAGAAAGAGAGUUCUCCGAGACGGUUCUCUCCUCUUGGUUUCGGUAGUGACUCUCAGUUGCGAGAUAGUAGAAGGAAAGGGCAAUACAUUGUCACCCCUGAGAAGAAGAAACCAAAUGAAAUGAGUAAACUUUGUAAUGUCACUACUACUACUACAUUGGUUCAGAAGAAGGAUGGAGCUGUGAGAGAAGAUGGUUCUAAGUUGAUUGUUAGUACCUCUAGGAGGGACUCAGUGUUGAGUUUGGAGCGGAACAGAUUCGCACAAGAUGUCAAGUUCAGACAUGUAUCUCCUCCAGGUUCCAUUAGCAAGGAUGAAAGUGAGGAUUCAUCAGACUGCUCCACAGCAUCUUCUCCUGGAUGUCAGACGGAUGAAGCUCAUCAGCCUAGUCCUGUUUCUGUUCUUGAGCCAAUGUUUAACGACGAUGUGUUAGAUGACGACAGUGAAGAGCUUCCUUAUCUAGAUCUUCAUGGUAUAGAGAAGCAGCUUGACGACCUGAAAACUGAAUCAGAUAGUUAUUCAGAUGGGAGUGGGAUGGAAGUAUCAAGCGAUGAUGAGGAGCCUGUGAUUGCUUCUGAAACCGAGGACAGUGAACAAGUCAGGCUCUUGGAUACUCAAGAAAGGAGAGAGUCUUCUUACAUUGAUGAUAUUUUGUCUGAAGUUUCACUUAUGGACAAGAAUUGUGUUCCUGAUACUCUGACCUUCAAGGUCUUCGAGAAGAUGGAGAAAAAGUAUUACACUGAGACAUCUUGGAAGAGGUCUGAAAGAAGGAUUUUGUUUGACAGAGUCAGUUCAGGUCUAGCAGAGAUUCUAGAAUCCUUUACAGCUACACCAACCUGGAAGAAACCUCUCUCAAGGAGGCUUGGCGUUGAGCUAAGCACAUGUGGACUGAAACAAGAACUCUGUAAAGUACUUGCCAGACAAGAGAAGCUAGCCAAGAAAGAAUCAUUCAACAAAGUGGCGGUAAUAGACCUUGAUGAUUGGUUCAAACUUGAAGAUGAUGAUGAUGAGAGAGUGGUUUGUGAGUUAGAAAGUAUGAUAGUGGAUGAGUUGUUGCUUGAAGUCUUCAUGUAGAGUUACAAAGUGAUUCUUUUCAUUCUUUUUUUUUUUUUUUUGCAUUCUCUGUAUUUUGAUUGAGAAUAGUGAGAGAGUAGUUGUUGUUGUUGCAUCAUCAAAGGGAGAUGUGCAUACAAAAUUGUUUUUGUUGUCAGGUCUAGGAUUGGCCUCUUAGAAAGUUCAGUCACAUUGCUAUAAAAGUUACUGUGACAUUUGUACCCAUUUGUCAAAGUGUGAAUGAAACAAGAUUUUUGAUU